GCAUUUGCAACGCUAGUUUGUGACGAUGCAUCUGUAUUGUCAGCAGCGGUGCUGAUCAUGUCGCUGCUACGGACGGGCACUUCUGCAAGUGUAGUACCCAUGCUUGCACCAGCGGUUUCUUUGAGGGCUGAAGCUGCACUGGCUAGAAUGGCAUUGAGCGUAACGCCAGUACGAGUGCCCGAGGUUCCCUAUCCAUUCAAAGUGCAUCAAGCGGAGAUGCACCGUGGAUUGAAGCGGUCUUGUCGUUACACGAAGCUGCAUGCUUGGUCGCUUGUGUCGUUUGAGCGAGUGAUACUUCUCGACAGUGAUAUGCUGGUUAUGGAACCUCUGGAUGACAUCUUCUCAGAGGCACAGCGGCUGGCAGCUGUUGCGGAUAUUUACCCACGGAUUUUUAACACCGGACUUCUUGUCAUCGCACCAGACGCAGGCACUCAUGCACGACUUGUCGCAGCAGCAGGCGCGACCUUCAGUUAUAAUGAAGGGGAUCAGGGCUUCUUGAACUCAUACUUU